UCCAGGCAGGAAAGAUGGAGAGGUGGGGUGACUAUAUGGGUUUUGUGUAGCCGCUGGCACUUGGUGCCAGCUGCACCUGCCCGCUUGUCUUCAAGGAGAGCGAUGCCCAGGGUGGGCUGACUUGGGGCAGACCAGGAUAGGACCCCUGUAUCCUAGUGCCAGCUCUGGUGCGACUUGUGGACCACCCUGGGGGCACAUAUCCAUACCCCACACCUGGGUUUCCCUCCGGACUUCAUCUCAAGGAGCUGGCGAAGGAAAGGAGAGAAAUGAAGUUGAAACGGAAGGUGUUCUCCAUCGCCGUCUUCGGGCCCAUAGUCAACGAGGGCUACGUGAACACCGACAGCGGCCCCGAGCUGCGCUGCGUCUUCAACGGGAACGCGGGCGCCUGCCGCUUCGGCGUCGCUCUCGGCCUGGGGGCCUUCCUCGCCUGCGCCGCCUUCCUGCUGCUCGACGUGCGCUUCCAGCAGAUCAGCAGCGUCCGCGACCGCCGCCGCGCGGUGCUGCUGGACCUGGGCUUCUCAGGGCUCUGGUCCUUCCUGUGGUUCGUGGGCUUCUGCUUCCUCACCAACCAGUGGCAGCGCACGGCGCCCGGGCCCGGCACGCUGCAGGCGGGAGACGCGGCGCGGGCCGCCAUCGCCUUCAGCUUCUUCUCCAUCCUCAGCUGGGUGGCGCUCACUGUGAAGGCCCUGCAGCGGUUCCGCCUGGGCACGGACAUGUCGCUCUUUGCCACCGAACAGCUGGGCGCCGGGGCGGGUCAGGCCUAUCCUGGCUACCCGGUGGGCAGCGGCGUGGAGGGCACCGAGACCUACCAGAGCCCUCCCUUCACCGAGACCCUGGACACCAGCCCCAAAGGGUACCAGGUGCCUGCCUACUAGUGGCCGGCAGGCCCCCACCAGGGCUCGGAGACUGCCACCAAGGCAGGCAGGGUCCAGGGCGUCCUGGGACCUCCCUCAGGUCCUCCUGGCCCAGCGCCAGGGACAGAGGGGGUGGCCACUGUGGGCCAUCUGGGGCCAAGAGAGGGUAGCCCCCAGGGUGCCUAGGCUGCCCUCCCCCCCCAGGUUCCCCCUGUCCCCUUAGGCGCUGGCCCCAGGCCCAAGGUCCUGAGGAGGGGACAGUGCGGUCUUGGACGUGUGUCCUCCAACCUCUGGUGAAUCAGCCUGGGAGGGGGCCAUUCCUCUCCUGAGUCAGCUAGCCCCCGGCUCACCUGUCCACUCUGGGGUCUAGCUGUCCACAGCUAGGUGCAGGGGCUGCCCCCCAGACAUGGGCGCUGUUCCCAUCCCAUGUCCCUGAGGGUAGUGACGGUCCCUGCUCCUGUUGUGGUGGCUCACCCCAUGGGGCUGUGCGUGCGCUCUGUCUGGAGCCUCCACCCACUUGCCCUCACAGGCUCGCUAGAGUAGCCUGGUCCUGUUGAUGUUGUGAUUGUGGUCAAGUCCUCGGGCUUCACCUCCUAGUUCCCCGCAAGCAGCCUCACUGUCUGUGGCCCCUGCUCCCAUCCCCACCUGCCUUGGCCCGGGAGCCUGCCCACAUGUGGGCAUUCUGGGCUAGGAAGGCACAACACGGCUCUAGGCCUGGCCACCUGCCCUCUCCCAACCCCUUCAGUAAGACCUUGCCCAAGGGAGGCUUGGGACGCCUGGGUGCCUGGAGACACAAGCCCCUCACAAGGAGGGAGGCCCAGAGGCUCCCCAUGCCCACAGUGCCCCGGACACGGCCGAUCUGUGCAAACCCCUUUACCUUGGCUUCCCGGACCAUCCCCUCAGCAAACUGCCCUGCACCCCCGUGGUAAGGCACAGCCCAAGGUCGGGGGCCCUCUGCGUAGCUGACGACUCAUGCAUUGCUCAAAGCCGGCUUUUUACAUUAUGUCAAUACCAAAUGCGGCUGCCACAUUUCAUUCUUACAGACAGACGCCUCCCUCUGGAGUUGCAGUUGAGUGACAGCCCUGUACGUUGUAGCAUAGACCAAUUAUGUGUGGGUAUUUAAGUGAACAUGUUUACAAUUUUUGUAUCUAUGGAUCUUUCUCUUCCUCUUCCCAAAGAACAAUCCCUGAUGGUGUAUUUUCAGUGUCCCCAUGUUUCAACUGCAACUUCUUUACAAUAAAGACUGUAAGUGAGUUUCCUCGG